CUCAGCCUCGAGCUCUGAGCUCCCGACGGUGCUGGCGGGCGGUGGCCGGGCGUCCCGGGCUCUGGCUGUCCCGAGGCUGGUGGCAGCCGCGCCCCCGCCCUCCUGCCUCGCCAGCAUUGGUGACCCCCUCGGGACACUUUGAUUCGAGCUGGGCAGCGCCCCCAGGACCGAAUCAGCUGAACAGGACAACAGAGAAGAACGAGAUGGAAACCAUGCUAUUUUGGUUGAUAUUUUUCACCCUUGGGUGGACCGUCAUUGAUGGAUCAGAAACGGAAAAGGAUUUUAUGUGGCACUUGAGAAAAAUACCCCGGGUUGUCAGUGAGAGGACUUUCCGUCUCACCAGCCCCAACUUUGAGGCAGAUGCUAGGAUGGUGUUAAACAGAGUGUGUGGCAUUGAAUGCCAGAAAGAACUCCCCGCUCCCAGCCUUUCUGACCUGGAAGACUCUCUUUCAUAUGAGACUGUCUUUGAGAACGGCACCCGAACCUUGACCAGAGUCAAAGUUCAAGGCUGGGUCCUGGAGCCAACUCAAAAUCUCACCACACAAGGAGCACCUGUUCGGAGGAAGAGACAGGUGUACGGCACCGACAGCAGAUUCAGCAUCUUAGACAAAAGAUUCUUGACCAACUUCCCUUUCAAUACUGCCGUGAAGCUCUCCACGGGCUGCAGCGGCAUCCUCAUCUCCCCCAAUCACGUCCUAACAGCUGCCCACUGCGUCCAUGACGGACAGGACUACAUCAAAGGAAGUAAAAGGCUAAGGGUAGGGUUGUUGAAGAUGAGAAAGAAAGGUGGUGGCAAGAAACGUCGGGGUUCCAGGAGGAGCAGGAGGGACGCGAGUGGUGGUGAUGAAAGCGAGGUGACCAAAGAGAACCUGAAGGAGCGAGCCAACGCCAGAAGGAGGAGGAAGGAAUCUGCUCGGGGUCAGCGAGGUGCUGAUGGGAAGCCCUCCUUCCAGUGGACCCGAGUCAAGAACACCCACAUUCCCAAAGGCUGGGCCAGAGGCGGGCAGGGAGACGCUGCCUUGGACUACGACUACGCCCUUCUGGAGCUGAAGCGCCCUCACAGAAAGAAAUACAUGGAGCUGGGAAUCAGCCCUACCAUCAAGAAGCUGCCCGGCGGGAUGAUCCACUUCUCAGGCUUUGAUCACGACCGGCCAGAUCAGUUAGUCUACCGGUUUUGCAGUGUGUCUGAUGAAUCCAACGAUCUCCUCUAUCAAUACUGCGACGCCGAGUCAGGCUCCACUGGCUCCGGGGUCUAUCUGCGUCUGAAAGAGCCAGACAAAAAGAGCUGGAAGCGCAAAAUCAUUGCGGUCUAUUCAGGCCACCAGUGGGUGGACGUGCACGGCGUUCAGAAGGACUACAACGUGGCAGUGCGCAUCACACCCCUCAAGUACGCCCAGAUCUGCCUCUGGAUGCACGGAGAUGACGCCAACUGUACUUCUGGCUAACGGAAACCCUGAAGCAAAGCCGUGGAUUACUCAACAGCCAAGAAAACCAAUUCUGAUGCUUGUCGCAAGAUCACGCCAUAGGUUAUGCCUUGACUUGAACCCUAUCAAUAGCAUUUCAACCUUUCUACAUUUACUUUUUCAAAAUUAGGAGCUUUUCAUCCAUUUAAAAAAAAAGUUUAGGUAGACAUAUGAAAACUAGAUGGGUACUUCAAUGCCAAGUAUAUAUUCUUUACAUGGUGAUAAGUUUCACUUGUGGGAAAUAUAUUGUUUCUUUCUGCCUUCUUAAAGAUUAGACACUCUUUAAAAGUCAAGCUGGUGUUAUAAAUAAUAUGUGAUUUCUCAGUGGACUAGUUCUCAGGGUCCUGCUCUUCAGAAGAGACUAAGGUGCUGGUUGCAUAUUAAAUGUGAAGUUACAUACACAGAGGUGGAAAGUAACAUGAUUAGAAUCGGGUUAGAGACACUAAUUUACAAACACAGUUUGUGCUAUUCUGAGAUGGACCCAUUCAGCUCAUGACCUCUAUGUUUAUAUUGUGUUUUCCACUGGGUGUCUGAGAAAUUUUAGGUUUUCUUUCUUUUUUUUUUAUUUUAAGAAUUACAAGAGACAGCAAGCUUUAGAGACAAACUAUUAACUAUUUCACUGCUUUAAAAAUACCAACGAAAGUGUUAUUAUUUAUGGGAGAAACACUUUGCUCUAUGAAAUAAAUUUAGUUUAGAAAUAGGGAAGCUGAGAAUUUUUAAGAUCUCAAGUUUUUAUUUAGUUUUCAAAAUGUGCACUUUUCAAGUAUGCAUAGGAAGACAGUUCAAAAGCUAUAAAUGAUCAUGUAUUUACGCCCCAUCAUUUGAUGCUACAGUCUCCUAUGUACGAGGUAUUAUAGUUUUAGACAAGGAUUCUAUAGUCUUCCUCAAGAGAAAGCCUCUCUCCCCCUUGACAAAGUUCAGCUUUCUUAAUAGGGCCAUAGGCAUAUUAUUUUGGUGAAUUCUUUGAUUGGUAAUUUUAGAUAUGUCCUUUUAACAAAAUGAGGAUAAUUUAUAGAUAUGAUUUGUAAAGGAAGUUCUGAUUAUUUUCAUUAAGAACCAAGGUUGUGCACUCGGGCCAUCUUAGCAGCCUGAACAGAGUCCAGAUCAAACACAGAGUAGACAUUCAAUACAUAUUUCUUGCACAAACAGAUAUUUGCUGAAUGGCUGUAAAAGACGGUUAGUUCAGCCCAUUAUGAUGAAAGGGUCUUAGUGAUUUGUAACUGAGUGCACCAUAAAAUUCAGGAGUUGCAGGCCUGAUUUCUGGGCUGGUCUUCUGACAGUUUUUAGAGUAUAUUCUCUCUUCUCUUGGGAUACACCCACAUCGUUUAUUCUGCCUGAGUUCAAAUUCAUUUUACUUAUAAUUUUCUUUAACAAUGGGAAGUUAUACCCUUGACUAGUAGGCAAAGGACUACGUGAUUAGAUUAUGAUAAAAAGUGAUUUUGUAAAAGAUGUUGAAAAUAGCUGAAAUUUAAUACAUUACAUUCUUUUAUAAUGUGAAUCUGUCAAAAAUCAUUCAAUAAAAAUUAAAAAAAUCAA